AAGUGGGACUAGGUGUCGUGGCGGGAGUAUCGUAAUCCGGGGGGCUGGGGGAGGCGGCCGGGACCCCUGCGGCGGCUUUGGCAGCCCCUUGAGGUUCUGUUUCAGUGAGGGCCGGCAACCGGCGGACCUCCCCUCUAUUUCCCCAACAUGCGCAGACUCCAGAGGAGCGGACGCAGGCCGUCGGGAUGAUAGUGGCCGCUGCCUGCCGUGCGCUUCGCAGGCUGGCGCCUCCCGGACUCCGGACCUCGUCCAGCGCCGCCAUGGAGGGGACUUUCCGAGGCGUGCGGAGAGUCCUCUGCGUGGCCGAGAAAAACGACGCGGCCAAGGGGAUCGCCGAUCUUUUGUCCAACGGCCGCAUGCGGCGGAGGGAAGGACUUUCAAAAUUCAACAAGAUCUAUGAAUUUGAUUAUCAUCUAUAUGGCCAGGACAAAGAGAAAUGGAGAAAUGUGGAAGACAGAGAAGGGGAGAGAAAGAUAGACACCUGCAGACCUGCUUCAUCGCCUAUGAAGCUACACUCUAAUGUUACCAUGAUAAUGACUUCAGUUUCUGGACAUUUGCUGACUCAUGACUUUCAGAUGCAGUAUCGCAAAUGGCAGAGCUGCAAUCCCCUUGUUCUCUUUGAAGCUGACAUCGAAAAGUAUUGUCCAGAGAAUUUUGUAGACAUCAAGAAAACUCUAGAACGAGAGUCACGGCAGUGCCAGGUCUUGGUGAUCUGGACUGACUGUGAUAGAGAAGGUGAAAAUAUCGGGUUUGAAAUUAUCCACGUGUGCAAGGCCGUAAAGCCAAGCCUGCAGGUGCUAAGAGCCCGUUUUUCUGAGAUCACCCCUCAUGCUGUCAGGGUGGCCUGUGAAAACCUCACUGAGCCUGAUCAAAGAGUGAGUGAUGCCGUAGAGGUGAGGCAGGAGCUGGACCUGAGGAUCGGAGCUGCCUUCACCAGAUUCCAGACCCUUAGGCUGCAAAAGAUCUUCCCCGAGGUAUUAGCAGAACAGCUCAUCAGCUAUGGUAGCUGCCAGUUCCCAACACUGGGGUUUGUGGUAGAGAGGUUCAAAGCCAUUCAGGCUUUUGUGCCAGAAGUCUUCCACAAAAUUAAAGUAACUCACAACCAUGAAGAUGGCAUCAUAGAGUUCAACUGGAAAAGGCACCGUCUCUUUAACCACACAGCUUGUCUUGUUCUCUAUCAACUGUGUAUGGAGGAUCCCAUGGCGACUGUGGUGGAGGUCAGGUCCAAACCAAAGAGCAAAUGGAGGCCCCAAGCUUUGGACACUGUGGAGCUGGAGAAGCUGGCCUCUCGAAAAUUGAAGAUAAAUGCUAAAGAAACCAUGAGGAUUGCUGAAAAGCUCUACACUCAAGGGUACAUCAGCUACCCCCGAACUGAAACAAACAUUUUCCCCAAAGACUUAAACCUGACAGUGCUGGUGGAGCAACAGACCCCAGAUCCACGCUGGGGUGCCUUUGCCCAGAGUAUUCUAGAACGGGGUGGCCCCACUCCACGCAACGGGAACAAGUCUGACCAAGCCCAUCCUCCUAUUCAUCCCACCAAAUAUACCAGCAACUUGCAGGGAGAUGAACAGCGACUCUAUGAGUUCAUUGUUCGCCAUUUCCUAGCCUGCUGCUCCCAGGAUGCCCAGGGUCAGGAGACCACCGUGGAGAUUGAUAUUGCUCAGGAGCGCUUUGUGGCUCAUGGCCUCAUGGUUCUGGCCCGUAACUAUCUGGAUGUGUACCCCUACGAUCACUGGAGUGACAAGAUAAUCCCGGUCUAUGAGAGAGGCACCUGCUUUCAGCCCAGCACUGUGGAAAUGGUGGAUGGGGAGACUAGCCCACCCCAGCUUCUCACCGAGGCAGACCUCAUUGCCCUCAUGGAAAAGCAUGGCAUUGGUACCGACGCCACUCACGCAGAGCACAUUGAGACCAUCAAAGCUCGGAUGUAUGUUGGGCUCACCCCAGACAAACGCUUUCUCCCUGGGCACCUGGGCAUGGGCCUUGUGGAAGGUUAUGACUCCAUGGGCUAUGAGAUGUCCAAGCCAGACCUUCGGGCGGAGCUGGAGGCUGACCUGAAGCUCAUCUGUGAGGGGAAGAAGGACAAAUCUGUUGUCCUGAGGCAACAGGUCCAGAAAUAUAAGCAAGUAUUCAUUGAAGCAGUGGCCAAAGCUAAGAAAUUGGAUGAGGCCUUGUCCCAGUACUUUGGAGAAGGGGCAGAGCUGGCCCAGCAAGAAGCCAUCUACCCUGCCAUGCCAGAGCCUAUCAGGAAGUGCCCACAGUGCAACAAAGACAUGGUCCUCAAGACCAAGAAGAAUGGCGGGUUCUACCUUAGCUGUGUGGGGUUUCCAGAAUGUCGGACAGCCGUGUGGCUCCCCGACUCAGUGAUAGAGGCCAGCAGGGAUGAGAGUGUGUGUCCAGUCUGUCAACCACAUCCUGUUUACAGGUUGAAAUUAAAGUUUAAACGUGGCAGCCUCCCCCCAACCAUGCCUCUGGAGUUUGUUGGCUGCAUCAGUGGGUGUGAUGAGACCCUGAGGGAGAUCUUGGACCUGAAGUUUUCCCGAGCUCUGCCCAGAACCACCCAGCCCUCUGGCUACCUCCAGGCCAGCCAGUCCCUGAACAGAAUGGACAGCAGCCAGCACAGCCACCACCCCCAGCUCCCUGGCUCCAGCCACAUCGGACCCUCAAAGGCCCCAGUCCGGACUUUACCAUCACCCACUGCUACAGGGGAGAGAAACUCCGUGACCUGCAACUGUGGCCAGGAGGCCCUGCUGCUCACUGUGCGGAAGGAGGGCCCCAACCAGGGCCGCCAGUUCUACAAGUGCAGUGGUGGCAGCUGCAACUUCUUCCUGUGGGCCGACAGCCAACCUGGGGCCAGAGCGCCUCCUUCCUCAGGCCCACGACCUGUGGGCAGCUCACUAGUGUGCCCACCAGGCUCAGGGGGCCACUUCGGUACAUUUGGCAGCUCUGGUGAUAACAGCAACACUGGUACAGCUUGCCUGUGCAGCCAGCCUGCCAUCACACUGACUGUGCAAAAGGAUGGGCCCAACAAGGGACGCCAGUUCCACACAUGCGCCAAGCCACGAGAGCAGCAGUGUGGUUUCUUCCAAUGGGUGGAUGAGAACAUGCCCCCGGUGAAUUUUGGAGUUCCACCCUGGCCAAGAGGCAGAGGACAGACCCAGGGGGCAGAGGAAAGAAACAAAAGAACCCGGGUGAGUCUUUCAGACACAGGAAACAUGUCCAAGAAACCCCGGAAAUGUAGCCUGUGCCAUCAGCCUGGACACACCCGGCCCUUCUGUCCUCAGAAUAGAUGAGAGCGGGGACGUGGAGGGACCACUUCAGACAUGCCCUCCACGUCAGGAGUGACUUUCCCCAGGCCAGAGUCUUUUGCUGCCCUGGGAUCUCAAAGGCUCUGUCUGGCCUGUGUGUGUGGAGUUACGAUACAGGCUGCUCUCUGGACAGGCUUCCUCUGUUCUGGGGCUCAACCUUGACUGUUCCCUAUAAUGAGAUGUCACUGAAGCUGCUCCCUCUGGCACCAUGGGGACUAUCAGGCUGAAAGCUGGAGCCUCCUGCAGUUCUGGCUCCUGAGCACCCUGACCUUCAGAAAGCCUCAGUGGCGCCUGGAACUUCAGCUCCUUGCAGACAUCCCAAGUAAAGAGGGCACUGUGUGAUCCAGGACUCUGCUUCUUUAGCUGUGUCUACAGAGGACAGCCUGUCGUUGAUGUGCCUUAAUGAAGAAUCCUCCCAGUGGGACAGUGAGCCUGCAGAACCUCCACUCCAUGAAUCUGGUGAAUAAAAAAAACCAGCUAGUUCCUGAGGGAGUACUAACUGACUUGGGGGCCUCCCAGGCCAGCCCUAUCUGCACUUCAUCUGUCUGGUGAGCAGUGAGCCCACUGUCUCAGUCCCACAAACAGCUCAUCCUGCUGGACAGAAAUUUAUUAUCCAUGGGCUACAUAUCCAGAGGUCAUGCCAUCCUGCCCAGGCAGGUGACCUGAGAUUGAUCAGUAGUAGGUAUGGUCAUGGCCCUGCUUUUGGGGGCGGUGGGGAGGGGCGGCCUUGACAAACAUCAGUCUACUUGUUAAUCUGUUUUUACCUUUUAUAAAUGGGGUCUCAAGGGACAUUCCCUUUUACCUUGUAUAAAUGUGUCAUGGGAGCUUCAUGUUCAGCCUUUCAUAGAGCAUAGUGUUUGUAAGGCUCAUCUACCUGUGUGUCAGUCUAGAUGUCUCCCUCUGGUCCUCAUGGGACCCUCCUUAGCCCAGUGGAUGCCUGAGACUACAGCCAGGGCCAAAUCCUGUGUAUGCUAGGGACUGCCCUACACAUACGUGCAUCAGAUAAAAUCCAAUUUGUAAACUGGGUACAGCAAGAAAUCAGCAUUAAUAAUAAAAUAGAACUAUCAGCAAUAUACUAAUAAAAUUAUGAGGUAUA